AUGGAGCGCGGCCUCGCGACGGCGAUUUCCCCGCCCGCCGGCGCUCGUCAUCCGGCGACAUUUCCCGCCGGCCUCUAUUUUCCCGCGCCCAGCUACACCCCGGUGCCGGGAGGCGGCCGAGAGCCCGCCAAUCAACGGAAACGCCAUGUUGUCAACGGGGCGGGGUUCCGUCGUGCCUCUCGCUCGCCCGCGCGCGAAAAUCAAGUUUUCCCGCUCGCACCCGCCGCGCGCCCAUUGGCGGGCGCGCAAUUAAGCGCGGGAAUUCGAAUUCUAUUUUCGAGG